ACCCUCGUAGGACCGAGGAAGAAACUGGACCCGACCUGAUCCAAGCCUUUCCGCAGAGCCCCCAGAGGGAAGGCCGGAAGGAGGACCGGGAGGCCCCCGUCCAGACAGGUCUGAACCAAGGGCGCGGGGAGAUCAGAAUCUUCCCAACGGGGCGGACUGGUGAUCAUGGAGAGAGACUUGGCCGCGAUGCCCGAGAAGAGAGCUCUGUCUUCCCAGGAGUCUUCCGUUUCCCAAGGGAAGAGCACAGAAAAGGGAGAAGUGGCAGCUCUGCACCUCACAGCCAGAUCCCAGGCAUCUGUGACAUUCAAGGAUGUGGCCAUGGACUUCACCCCAGAGGAGUGGGGAAAGCUGGAUCCUGCACAAAGGGACGUGAUGCUAGAGAACUAUAGGAACCUGGUCUCACUGUGGCUUCCAGUUUCCAAGCCUGAGAACUACAACUUGGAGAGUGGAAAGGAGCCACUGAUGCUUGAGAAAAAAGUACCCAAACACAGCUUUUCAGAGUUGGAAAGUAGACCUGGCGGCACAGAUUCAACUUCAGUGCAAGAUUUUUCCAAAGAAGGAUCAUGCCAGAUUGCAAUAAUAGACCAACUGACAGAGAAUAGUGUCUAUGACACCAACAUGGAAACGACUCUUGAAUGUGAAAAUUUAGAGAAUCAGCAAGGAAAUAAGGGGAGACACUUGAGAGAAAUGUUCACCUACAUGAAUGCACUCCCUGAAGAAAGAGUUCAUGAGCAUGAUAUAUAUUGGAAAAACUUUAGUCAGAAGUCUGUCCUUCUCACUCAAGAUGGAGUUCCAAAAGGAACCUAUGCCUUUCAUGCUCUUGAAAAAAGACUGAAAGAGAAAUCAAACUUAAGGAAGAAGCAGAGAAUCUAUAAAGAGAAAAAACCUCAUAAAUGUAACGAUUGUGGUGAACUCUUCACUUACCAUUCAGUGCUUAUUCGACACCAGAGAGUCCAUACUGGAGAGAAACCCUAUAGUUGCAGUGAAUGUGGGAAAUCUUUUAGCCACAGAGCUAAUUUAACUAAACAUCAGAGAACUCAUACUAGAAUUCUCUUUGAGUGCAGUGAAUGCAAGAAAGCCUUCACAGAAAGCUCCUCCCUUGCAAUACAUCAGAGAAUUCACAUUGGAGAGAGACCUUAUGAAUGCAGUGAAUGUGGGAAAGGAUUUAAUCGAAGUACACAUCUUGUGCAGCAUCAGCUGAUUCAUACUGGAGUAAAGCCUUACGAAUGUAAUGAAUGCGAUAAGGCUUUCAUUCAUUCAUCAGCACUCAUCAAACAUCAAAGAACUCAUACUGGAGAGAAACCCUAUAAAUGUCAGGAAUGUGGGAAAGCUUUUAGCCAUUGCUCAUCCCUUACUAAACAUCAGAGAGUUCAUACUGGAGAAAAGCCAUAUGAAUGUAGUGAAUGUGGAAAAACGUUUAGUCAGAGCACCCAUCUUGUUCAGCAUCAAAGAAUUCAUACUGGAGAGAAACCCUAUGAGUGUAAUGAAUGUGGGAAAACCUUCAGCCGGAGUUCAAACUUUGCUAAACAUCAGAGAAUUCAUAUUGGAAAGAAACCAUACAAAUGUAAUGAAUGUGGAAAAGCCUUUAUUCACUCAUCAGCUCUUAUUCAACACCAGAGAACUCAUACUGGAGAGAAACCCUAUAGAUGUAAUGAAUGUGGGAAAAGCUUUAAGUGCAGUUCAUCCCUCAUCAGACAUCAAAGAAUUCAUACAGAAGAGCAACCUUGA